AUGGAAUCAUUUAACGUAAAUAUAGACAACGAUGAAAGAUUGAUGAGAAUGGUUGCAGAGGAAACAACGAAAUUGGUUAUUGAAAGAAACUUUAGUUGUGCAGCAACGUUAAAUAAAGAACAACGAUUUGCAUAUAAUACAAUUAUGGAAAAAGUACAAGAUGAAUCAAGUGGAAAUUUUUUUAUCGACGGUUCGAGUGGGACAGGAAAAACUUUUUUAUAUAGAGCACUCUUGGCUGGUGUCAGAUGUCGUCAUUUUGUAGUUUUAGCAACUGCAUCGUCCGGAGUGGCUGCAUCUUUAUUGCCCGAAGGUCGAACUGCUCAUUCAAGAUUUAAAAUCUCUCUAGAAACUGUAGGUGAAGUCAACUGCUCUAUUAGCAAGCAAUCGGCAUUAGGAACUUUAUUGAAAAUGUGUAGGCUAAUAAUUUGGGAUGAGGCACCUAUGGUAAAUCGUUGUAUUGUAGAAUCUCUAGACAAAAUGCUUAGAGAUAUUACUGAUUGUAACUUGCCUUUUGGUGGAAAAGUAAUAGUUUUAGAAGGAGAUUUUAAACAGAUUCCACCAGUCGUACUUAAGGGAAACAAAGAAGACAUAAUAAAGGCUAGCAUGAUUUACUCAUAUUUGUGGCCUUCUUUUGUACAUUUAGCACUGGUUGAAAAUAUGAGAGCGAAGUCUGAUCCCAUUUUUUGUGAAUACUUACUUCGAAUUAGAGGUGGAACAGAAGAAGAACAUACUUGCAACUACACAUAUGCUGAUCAUUUAUAUAUGAUGGUCAAUCGUGUUAUUCUUACACCUACGAAUGAAUGUGUUGACUACAUUAAUGGACUUUUGCUUGAACAAAUUCCCGAUCAAAGUUUCACAUACUAUAGUUUUGAUGAAGCAAUUGAGAAAUUAGAACAAAGCCUACAGGAAGACUUCUUGAAUACUUUGACACCUAAUGGUAUUCCACCUCAUGAGUUGAAACUGAAAAUGAAUUGUCCUGUAAUGUUAUUACGAAAUAUCAAUCCUUCCGAGGGGUUAUGCAAUGGAACAAGCCUUGCCUGUCGAAAAUUUGAGAGAAAUGUCAUUCUUGCUGAAAUCACAACUGGUGAAUAUCGUAGAAAACAAUACAUGGACAUUCAAAUUUAUGUGAAGAAAGUCAAGGAAAUGUUGGUGCAUAGGAAAAUUAUUGGAGCACACUCUUUUCAAAAAUUGGUUACCUAUGGCAAACCAAGCUUUCAAGUCUUCAGAUUUAAAGAUAACUUAUUAGAAAUGAUAUAUACAUCAGGGUGUUUGGUUUGCUUUAUGGGUGCUAGAUACCAUCAAUUAUUGUUGCAAGCUUUGUUGAUAAAUCUUGUAUUUAUUUUUGUCUUCUAUUUAGAUCUAUUUUCAUCCAAGUAA